AGUGAAAGUAAUUUCGUAAAACAGGUUUUUACACUUGCUGGAGCAAAGCAAGUUGAAAUUCUGCUGCUUCAGUUCAUUGCUAACACUGUCACAUCCGCGUGGAUCAGCUGAGCUCUAUCACGUGGCUCUGUGUCGAAGGUCAGUGCAGCACAAUGGAGCUGCCAGAGUACGUCCUAAAAGGGUUGCAAUUGCUAGCCGAUCCCAGCCACUUCUCCAACAAAACAUUCCGCAUUUUGGUAGAAGCAGCUUUCGAGAGCCUCAUAAACCCACAAACAGACGGAGCAAUAUUUGACCAUGUAGAGCUGGGAAAUUUGGACUUGACUUUGCUGAAACAAUGCCAUGUAGCCAUCGCAACCUGUGUAUUGGAGGCAGGAAAACAAAACGCCGACAAGUCGACUAUAAGCUCGUUACUUGAAGACUGUAGAUUUGGAGCAGAAAGGAUAGACAUAUUUUGCACAGCAUACCAGAAGAGCAAAGAUAAAGUAGAAAUCUUACUAGGAGGCAUAGGAAGAUUUCCUUCUCAUAUCACUGAUGCCUCUUGGCGCCUGGAGUAUCACAUUCGGAAUAACCAUCUUCACAAAGUCAAUCAACCGGCAUAUUUAUUAACCUUAAAUGUUGAGAACGGGCAUUCCAGGAAACCUCACGACGUGACUUUUCGCUGUACCAUGGAGCAAUUGCAGGAUCUUUUGGGAAAGUUGAAGGACGCGGCUAAAAGCAUGGAAAAGGCGAGUCAGAUAUUGUUCAGCUCAGUGUCGGAUCGUGAUUGCACCUUCAACGGUUUAAAUUUGCGAUAUUUUCACAUGACCGCCGUGGGUCCCCCGCAGAAGCUCGUUCUAUUUUCGGUCCUUUGGCGAAAUGCCAAGUGUAACCCAAGUUGCUAUAGUAACUGUAAGAAUUGCCGGCUUUCAGGACGCGGCCAUUUUAGUCAGAAAAUGCACCGAACAACACGAAUCAAAAUAACUGAACUGAACCCUCAUUUGAUGUGUGUGUUGUGUGGAGGAUACUUCAUAGAUGCAACAACCAUCAUUGAGUGCCUACAUUCAUUUUGCAAGACCUGCAUCGUCCGUUACUUGGAAACCAGCAAGUACUGUCCCAUUUGCGAUGUGCAAGUUCACAAAACUAGGCCCCUUCUUAACAUUAGGUCAGAUAAGACAUUACAAGAUAUUGUGUAUAAAUUAGUUCCUGGCCUCUUCAAAGAUGAAAUGAAACGUAGAAGGGACUUCUAUGCUGCUCAUCCUUCUGCUGAUGCAGCAAAUGGCUCUAAUGAAGACAGGGGUGAAGUUACAGAAGAAGAAAAGAGGAUUAUAACAGAUGAUGAAAUCAUUAGCUUGUCAAUAGAAUUCUAUGAACAAAAUAAGACUGAACGAAAAGAAACUUCAGAAAAAGAGAAAACAAAAGAUGAGAUGAAUGACAAGAGAUAUUUGCGGUGUCCAGCAGCUAUGACUGUGAUGCAUUUAAGAAAAUUCCUUAGGAGUAAAAUGGACAUCCCUCAAGCAUUUCAGAUUGAUGUUAUGUAUGAAGAUGAACCAUUGAAAGAUUAUUACACUCUUAUGGAUAUUGCCUACAUUUAUGCAUGGAGGAGGAAUGGACCACUUCCUCUAAAAUAUCGAGUCCAACCAACAUGCAAAAGAAUUAAAAUUGGUCAUCAACAAGACAGAUUCAAUAACACCAGUGGAGAGGUAGAAAGUGACUCUGGGAGUGAUAAGGCUAAUAGCCCAAUUGCUGCACCAUCCACAUCAUCAUCACUGCCUAGUCCCUCUACUCCAGGGCAGUCUCCACAUCCACACUUUCCUCAUAUAUCUACUACAAUGAAUGGUUCCUCCAAUGCCAAUACUAACCAUCAUAUCCCAUUCAGCAGCAACAGACCACGCAAAUCAUCUGUUAAUGGCUCAUCAGCGUCAUCAGGCUGACAGUAUUCACCAAACUGAUGGUACAGCACAUGUAUUCGAAGACCUGUUCAUACCAUGUGAUAAUAUAUAGAUAGAGAAUGCUUAGCAUUGUGAGCAUUGUUAACAUCACUAUUUUGUAGUGACUUGUACAUUUUGGUUCAAAGCAAGAAACAAGAUGUGGCUAUAGCAAGAAUAGCCUUGACAACAUCUUUUGCUCCUCCAAGAUGGUUUUCCAAUUUUUGGGAAUGCAAAAUAGCAAUGGAUCUACAUCACUGCAAAGUUUAUUGCAAAGAUUUAAGGAGAUGUGCAUCAACAGUGUUGGAUUUAAUGACUCAUGAUUCACUGGAGCUGAUAUUCAGUGAAAAAUGAAGGAAGGAAAGCUGGGAAGGCAGUUAUUGUAAAGAUGUAAACGUUGGAAGAUAUUUUGUAUAACUGUUUUAAUUGAAGUUUACUAUAUCUGUAUAUCAACAUACUUUUAAUUUGCUGGUAUUGCAUUGUUAUUGACUGACUGUUCAGAUGAAAUAUAAAUGGCUAGUGAAUUGUCCACAAAGACACCACUUGAAAAGGAAUCAAAGAAAUGAACAUUAGAAAAAGUAUUCUUUUUAGCCAUUUCACUGUGAAUACUGAUUUGACUGUAGAUGUCAGCAUCUAUGGUUGUUAAAUGUUUUCCUGUACCAUUAGUAUAAGGAAAGAUGAAUUCAUCAACUAAAAUAAAAUUGUUUCCAUGAUUUAUCAUUUUAGACCUAAAGUGGGUAUUAAGUAUUUGAAUUGACUGCAGAACAACAGUGUCACUAUACAUAAUGAUCUCAUUGACAAGUUGAAAUAUUUCUAGGAUCAAGCAAUUAAGGAAAAUUCAGAGGUAUGGUAUGUAGGGAUAGAAAUCCAAUAUCCAGUAUAAUGAAAACAUGGCUAGAUAAGGCGUACACUACCUCUGAGAAUUCAAAUAAUUAUUUUUGAGACCAUUUCCCUGUAACCAAAUCCAACUAGUGAUAUGCUAUAUUUAAAUAUUUUGUUUGAAAUGUUCAUUGUUUCCACUUGUUAGCUAAUAGUGAGUUGGACUAUUGAAUACAUGUUUUAAAAAUUCUUAUACCAGAAAUCUCUCUAAUUUGAAAACAUGAGUGUGUUUAAAUCUAUAAAUAUUGUAAUUGAACUGAUGUUAUUCCGACAAUGGUUUUUUUCCCCAUUGAUGUUGUCAUGGAUUGAAUCUUGGUCAGCAUAGUCAAACAGUUAAAAUCAAUUUCUAUGUCAGUGCCAGUGAAGGCAGCCAGAGUUCACAAUGUUUGAAUUUUCAGGAGGUGAAGUUUUCAGUUACUUGCUAGCUGUCAAAUUUUACUUUAAAUAUGAUGGUUGACCUAAUGUUAAACCAAAUCAUUCUCCAUGUUUUAUCUAUAGCACAUAAAGUACAAAUUUCAACAGAUGACAUUGGACCACAUAAUUAUUAACACUAGAGCCAAAAGAAAUAAGCUUCUGAUAAUUGGAGUUAUUCAAUCAGAAUGGUUUCACAAAACUGUAGAUGUGUACACUUUAUAUUGAAAGACCAAUACCAUACAGCAAAUAACAUACAAAGUUUCUUGAAAAAUGAAUCUUUUGAGUCUGUGGUAAUAGAUGUAAAUUCUACAUCUCUCAAUGCUCAAAGUUUAUGCUGGGGUAAAUGAGAUCAACAGCAUUUAUUUCCAUAUUUACUUCAAGGCAUGAUCUUGGGCUCACAUUGAAGGCUGAAAGGGUUGACCCCUCAUGGCUUACUUGGGCAUAAGAUACCAGCUGGGAACUGCAAAAUCUAUGAAGAAGAUAGAUUCCAAAGAAUAUUAGUGUUUUCAUGUUUGCUAGUUGGUACAUAAAUCCGAUUGUUUUACGUGAUACCCUCAGACGUAUAAGACUGCCAAGGAUAGAUUCCCAUCCGUGUCUCCACA